AUGAGAAGCCGAUCAAGCUCAAGAUUAGGAGAGAACUUCAAAACGAAGUUCACAAACACAUCUGCACCGCUUGAGAUCGACGACGACGAUGAUUUUGUCGAUCCACCUUUCCAAGGUCAUGGUUUAAUAGAACAUGCUCGGGAAGCUGUAGCAGCGUUUCAUGAAGAGUUACCAAUGGUAGAAGUCAUUGUAGAACAUGAAGCAAAUAAGCUGGAAAAGAUUGAGGAUUCUGAGGUGAAUGCGGAUGCUCUUAGGAUGGGGAAUUUCAUCAGAAGAGAAGAUGACGAGAAUGAAGAUGUUAGUAAUGAUACAGAUAUGGAGUUUGAAACAGUUGAGAGAGAAUUUUGA